GACUCUAGGGUGUGUUGUGGUGUUGUGUUAUUGAUUUUUUCGUGUGAAUUAUAAUUUACUGUCUUAUCGAGGCUCCGUCUAUCAGAGUGGAUUAAUUUCCAUCAUUUUCUUCCAAUGUGCUGAGUGUUUCGUGCUUCCUUACUUAUUGGAAUUAGUCUUCUCCUUCUCCUUUAGUUUUGUGCAAACAGAUGCAAGUUUGAUCUCAAACGCCAUAUUUUGUGUAGGUUGCUAUCCAGUUUAAUUAUUUGCAGUCCAUUCAGCUUGAGUUUGCAAGAUUUAUGAGUUAUCAGUGGUCUUGGACAAUACAUUCGAACCGAGGAAUCGUCUCUCUCUUUGCUCUCUCCAAGCUCAGUUUCAGCAUUCCAAAUUGAUGUCAACGAUUUAAGAGUGAGUCGGUGCCGGUGCCGGGCAGGACGGUGACGACAGAAAAAUGGCGAACCUCUCGCUCAGGAUCAGCAUCGUGGAGCGGAACGUCAUCAAGACGAUGCAGUUCGAUCCGCUCAUGAACGUCUUCGACGCCUGCCGUCUCAUCAGGGAAAAAUACCCUGAAGCCAACCUGGGUCAACCUCAAGAUUAUGGUCUAUUUUUAGCAGAUGAGGAUGACAAAAAGGGUGUCUGGCUCGAACCUGGUAGAAAUCUAGAGUAUUACAUCCUUCGAAACGGGGAUUUGCUAGAGUAUAGAAAGAAAAUGAGAACACUGAAAGUUCACAUGUUGGAUGGGACAGUAAAAACUAUGAUGGUAGAUGACAGUCAACCUGUAGUCAAUUUGAUGGUGGUUAUCUGCACAAAAAUAGGUAUUACAAACCAUGAUGAAUACAGUUUAGUCAGAGAAACUCCUGAAGAUGAAGUAGACCUUAGUAAACCGAAUUAUGGAACACUCACAUUGAAGCGGAAAAAAGAAGAAAAAGAAAAAGAUGCAAAAAUGAUACAACUUAGGAAGAAACUAAAAACCGAUGAUGAAAUCAAUUGGAUCAAUCCAGCGAAGACGUUGAGAGAACAAGGAAUAGAUGAAAAUGAACCAGUCCUUUUAAGGAGGAAGUUUUUCUUCUCAGAUGGCAACAUUGACACUCAUGAUCCUAUUCAAUUAAAUCUCCUUUAUGUACAGUGUCGGGAUGCCAUUCUAGAUGGGACUCACCCUGUUACUCAAGAUUUAGCAUGCCAGCUGGCUGGUAUUCAAGCUCAUAUCCAAUUUGGAAAUUACAAUGAAAUGAGGCAUAAACCACCAUUUUUAGAGUUGAAAGAAUUUUUACCCCAAUCAUAUAUCAAAGUCAAAGGUAUUGAGAAGAAAAUCUUUCAAGAGCAUGCAAAGCAUAUCGACAAAUCUGAACUAGAUGCCAAAGUUUUGUAUACAAAAACUGCUCGGUCUUUGCCAACGUAUGGUGUCACUUUCUUCUUAGUGAAGGAAAAAAUGCAAGGAAAGAACAAACUUGUACCACGAUUAUUUGGAGUUACCAAAGAUGCAGUUUUAAGGCUUGAUGAAAAGACGAAAGAAAUCCUAAAGGUUUGGCCACUGACUUCAGUGCGUCGUUGGGCCGCAUCACCCAACACAUUCACCCUUGAUUUCGGUGAUUAUUCUGACGGGUUUUAUUGCGUACAGACCAUUGAAGCCGAGCAAAUUCUUCAGUUGAUUGCUGGAUAUAUUGAUAUCCUUCUGAAAAAGAAAGCAGCCAAGGAUCACUUUGGAAUUGAAGGAGAUGAAGGCUCUACUAUGGUUGAAGAUAGCGUUUCACCUCUGAGAGCAACCAUACUGCAGCAUGAAAGUACAAAAGUGGGUAAAGUCAACACAGAAUCUGUUGCCAAACCUGCUGUCAUGCGAGCAGGAGCUGAUGGGGCACGACCGUAUGGAAUGGGGCAUGUUGGAACUGCCCAGUACACCACCAUUAGCGGGCAAAUCAAUAUUGCCCACACCCCACCUGCAACGGUUCAACAAAGUCAAGUCACUACUGUUCAAACGGGGCCACACAAAGCUCUUCUAUCUACGAUCACUGCCGGACAUGAGAUCAUUACCACUGUGGAGAAAGAACUUAUUUCUAAAGCUAUCAUUCCAGAAUUAGGAACUGACUCGGCUUCUCUAAAAUGGAAGGAAACAACUCUAGAUACGAACAAGCAGAAUGUCAGUCAUCAAAUAGCCGCGAUGAAUGCUGCAACCGCACAAGUUGUUUCUCUUACGUCAGGUGAAACUGACUACACGAGCAUAAACGCCGCUAUCACCAGUAUUACCAGUAAUUUGCCGGAGAUGAGUCGUGGUGUUCGUGUUUUAGCUGCUCUUGCCCCAGAAAAGCAAGGAGAUCAGCUCCUAGACGCAGCACGUCAACUUUGCACAGCUUUUAGUGACCUGCUCAAAGCUUGUGCAUCUCACCAGCCACGCCAAGCACAACUGCUAUCUGCUGCAAGUCGUGUUGGUGAAGCUUCUCAGCAAGUUCUCACGGUAGUCGGGGACGAGUCAAGUGUCUCGCGCGAACAACAAGAUACCCUCCUGGGUCUUGCUAAGGCUGUUGCCAAUACAACAGCUGCUCUUGUCUUGAAGGCCAAGUCUGUUGCUGCAACACUGCCAAACGAUCAUCAAUCGUCUGUAAUCGCUGCAGCAGCCCAGUGUGCCUUGGCUACCUCGCAGCUUGUCGCGUGCACAAAGGUGGUCGUGCCAACCCUAGAGAAUUCAGCUUGCCAAGAACAACUAACCAGCGCUGUGAAAGAAGUAACCAGAGCAGUGGAAACUUUGGUUUUGAUUUGCAACGAAUCCUGUAAUGAACCUCACCUCAUGGAAGACCUUAAAACAGCCGCAUCACAAGUCACUUACACGUUGGAACAACUUCUCAAUCAUAUCAAGCCUGUCAGCGAAGAAACUGUAGAAGAAACAAUCAUGAUCACCAGCGAAAGAUUAAUCCAGAGCACCGAUCCCAAUGAAAUGUUGAGGCAAGCCAAAUUGCUUGGUCAAGCUACAGCUCAUCUCAUCGAAUCAAUAAAGGGAGAAGCUGAGAAUGAGUAUGACAUUAACAGCGAUAAGCGAACCCGUUUGCUUGCAGCUGCCAAAGUUCUCGCCGAGGCAACUGCGCGCAUGGUUGAAGCCGCAAGAGCCUGUGCCUCAGCACCCUCAGAUGUAGCAGCACAGUCUAACCUUAAACAAGCAGUCGAAGAACUCAGAGUUGCAGCGGUUCCGUCUCUGCGCUCUCAAACCAAAAUCUCUAUAACGGAAACAAUGACGGAGCACAUGAAUGGUUCAUCUCCACCGCCGAAAGAAAUUGAUGACUCAAUCAUGUGGAUUGGCCAAGUUUCCGAAGUUCUGUAUUCAAACAAUCUUCCCAAAACAGACAAAACGUACACUCAACUCCAGCAAGAACUCCAUAGCACUGCCAUCAGUAUGAGCACAGCGACCAAUGAAGUCAUCUCAUCAGUCAACUCGCCAAAACAGUUGGCCUCUGCCUCAAAGCAAAUGGGUAGUGCGUUUAGUAACCUUGUUGAAGUUGGAAUGGAAAUAGUCGGGUCAACACCCGAGAAAGAGGUUAGGGAGCAAAUGCUGUCUUCACUCAAAACAGUAUCAGCAUCCUCUUCCCAGUUGCUCUCGACUGCCAAGACUGUCUCAGAAGACCCAGAUGCGUUUGAUGCCAAAAUGCAACUUACCAAUGCAGCCAGAGCUGUCACUGAAAGCAUCAACAAUCUAAUCGAUGUUUGCACUUCUGCAGCACCAGGCCAGAAAGAGUGCAACAACGCUGUACGAAACAUUCAAGCCAUGAAACCGUUACUCAACAACCCAGUUGAACCAAUCAACGAUUCGUCCUACUUCGAAUGCCUCGAUACGAUCAUGGAUAAGUCAAUGAGUUUAGGUGACGGCAUGUCAGGAAUAUUAAAGCAUGCAAAACGAUCGGAACAUGAUGAGUUUGGCACUGCAGUGCGAGCUGUAAGUGAUGCUGUUUGUGGAUUGACUGAAGCUGCCGUGCAAAGUGCGUAUUUGGUGGCCAUCAGCACACCAGGAAGUGUGGCUGGCGAACGGGGCUUGAUUGACCAAGCACAGCUUAGUCGUGCCUCUCAGGCUAUAUCCCAAGCUUGUCAAACGCUUUCCAACAGGCACACUUCACAGCAAGAAGUACUGUCUGCCGCUACUGUGAUCGCUAAACACACCAGUUCCUUAUGUAAUGCUUGCCGCGUGGCUUCUUCAAAAACAACAAAUCCGGCUGCUAAACGCCAAUUAGUUCAAUCAGCAAAAGAUGUCGCUAAUUCUACUGCCAAUCUUGUCAAAGAUAUCAAAGCCUUAGAUGUUGACUACAGUGACAGGAAUAGAGAAUCCUGCGCUGCAGCAACGAGACCACUACUGGAUGCUGUCAACUCACUCGUAUCUUUUGCAAGCUCUCCAGAAUUUGCAAGUCGCCCUGCUCACAUCAGUGAAGCUGCCUUCAGUGCCCAAGAACCUAUUCUCUCCGCUGGUGAGACAAUCAUUGAUGCCACCUCUGCAAUGAUUUUAGCUGCAAAAUCUCUAGUUAUCACACCAAAAGACCCACCAACGUGGCAGUUCCUCGCCAACCACAGCAAAAACGUUUCUGAUUCUGUUAAGAAAUUAGUCGCUUAUAUCAGGGAUAAAGCACCUGGUCAAAGGGAAUGUGAAGAUGGAAUCGAAAGAUGCAACGAACUAAUCCGAGAACUAGAUCAAGCCACUUUGUCUUCAGUGUCCCAUCAUCUGGCACCACCACCUGGAAGUUCUCUAGAGAAUUCUGCCGAAGAAACCGAAUACGCUAUCACCCAAAUUGUUGCUCACUUAGAACCACUACGCUCUGCUGCCAAAUCUCAAGCUGAAAAGUUAGGCCAUGAGGUUGAACAAAUAUUGAUUCAUUUGAAACCAUUGACAAACGGAGCCAUAGGAGUAGCUUCUCACCUGGUUCAUUCGAAACAGCAAGUUUCUCUCCUCGAUCAGACAAAAACUGUUGUUGAGUGUGUCAUUCAGUUAUUGUACUCCGCUAAGGAUGCCGGAGGCAAUCCUAAGGUGGUAAAUAAGCAUGAAGAAGUUGAUGAAUGCGUCACCAGCACGAAAGAAGCUUUGAGUGAUCUAACGGCAGCAUUGGAGCAGAACGCAGGUGUGGUAAGGGACAUGAUAGACUCAAUAACACAAUCGAUGCGGCGUAUUCCCGACUCUCACCAACCCAACUCUUACAUAUUAGACUCAACAGACUCCUAUGUAAACUACCACACACGAAUGGUCGCCUCUGCAAAAGACAUCGCCCGGUUAUCUCAAGAAAUUGCCACGCGUCCCGGUUACGAUUCCCACUUAUCUCAGCAGUUGACUCAGCGAUAUUCAGAACUCACAAAUGAUUGUGUAGGAAUUGUUGCAUGUACGACCAAUCCUGAUGUCAUGCCCAGGCUAUCCUCCGCAGUUCAUGAUCUGGGUACCUCAUGUAUCGCUACGCUGAAAGCCUCUUCGGCUGCGUCUAAUGACAGUUUUGCCAGGAGAGAGCUUACAACAGCUGCCAAAAAUGUCACUGACAAGGUUGCCCAAGUUCUGAGAGCCCUCCAAGCUGGAUCCAGAGGAACUCAAGCAUGUAUAAAUGCCGCUAAUACAGUCUCUGGUAUAAUCGGUGACCUAGAUGCUACCAUCAUGUUUGCUACAGCUGGUACCUUGCACGCUGAAAACGAUUCUGAUACUUUUGCCGAUCACAGAGAGUUGAUUUUGAAGACAGCUAGAGCUUUAGUUGAAGACACCAAGACGCUUGUAGCUGGGGCUGCGUCUUCACAAGAACAGUUAGCAGUAGCAGCGCAAAAUGCUGUAUCAACGAUAGUUCAAUUAGCUGAAGUAGUGAAGUUUGGAGCUGCAUCUCUUGGCUCCAACAACCCUGAAGCACAGGUAAUGCUGAUAAAUUCAGUGAAAGAUGUUGCUUCGGCUCUUGGAGAUUUAAUUCAUGCAACGAAAGCUGCCUCGGGUAAGAAUAUCGAAGACCCAUGCAUGAAAGCGCUCAAAGAAUCAGCGAAGGUCAUGGUCGUGAAUGUUACGUCAUUACUGAAAACUGUAAAAGCUGUUGAAGACGAACACGCCAGAGGCACUCGAGCAUUGGAAUCAACAAUUGAAGCUAUUGCACAAGAAAUUAGGGCUCUGAACUCAGUUGAUUUACACAAGUCUGUCGCCUCUCCUGAAGACCUUCUCCGCUCCACGAAACCUGUAACAAUGGCCACAGCAAAAGCAGUUGCUGCUGGCAAUAGUGGGAAACAAGAGGAUGUGAUCGUUGCUGCCAAUAUGGGAAGGAAGGCUAUCUCGGACAUGCUCACCAUUUGCAAGGGAUGCGCCAAUGCAGCCGAAACAGCAGAUUUAAAACGGCAAUGCUUGGAAACGGGUCAGAAUGUUGCGUUACAAUACCGUGAACUUCUUCAAAUGCUUCUGCACAGCUUAUCAAGGCCAGGCAAUUCUACAACUACCGCUAAACAAACCUUACCACCGAUCUCCAGGCGUAUUGCUCAAGGUGUCACCGAUCUUGUCACACUGUCAGAAACUCUUAAAGGAAGCGACUGGGUAAAUCCAGAAGAUCCAACUGUAAUCGCUGAAAAUGAGCUGUUUGGAGCCGCAGCUUCCAUCGAUGCUGCUGCACGUAAACUUGCCAGUCUAAGGCCGCGGAAAUCUGCCCACAGAGAAACUGACGAAUCCUUAAACUUUGAUGAAAUGAUCCUGGAAGCUGCAAAAUCCAUUGCAGCAGCUACAUCUGCGCUACUGAAGAGCGCAUCUGCUGCUCAACGAGAACUAUAUGAAAACGGAAGGGUAAGUCGAAGACCUUUGAGCAGCUCCGAUGAUGGACAAUGGUCAGAAGGUUUAGUAUCUGCAGCUCAACUCGUCGCUGCGGCCACUCAUAGUCUUGUUGAAGCUGCGAAUGCCCUUGUACAAGGUCUCAGCUCAGAAGAGAAACUUAUUUCGGCAGCAAAACAAGUAGCAUACUAUACUGCACAGUUACUCGUCGCAUGCAAAGUUAAGGCAGAUCCAGACAGUGACUCUACCAAACGAUUACAGGCUGCAGGUAACGCUGUAAAGCGAGCGACAGAUAACCUUGUCAAAGCGGCGCAGCAAGCAAUACAGCAUGAUGAAGAGCACAGUUUGGUCUUGAAUCAAAAAAUGGUGGGAGGAAUAGCGCAAGAAAUUAAUGCAAGGUCUGAAGUCCUGCGAAUUGAAAAGGAACUGGAUGAAGCCAGAGGGCGAUUGACAGCUAUUAAACAAGCAAAAUAUAAGAAAACGGGUGACAGCCCUGAGCUGAACUCUGAUUGUUAUGACUCUGGUUACUAAGCGUAGUGGCGGGUCACAUUGGACUAAUCUUGUCUCUGGAAAAUUCCUUUUUCCUGUCUUAUCACUGCAAAUAACAUAUCCAUUUCUAGGUAUUUUAAUUGUAAAUUUAAGGACUAAUAUUCAAGUACCUACUUCUUUAAACGAAUCAGUCAUACAGAGUUGUAUCACAGGUGAUGUAAAACCAAGUAUGCCAUUUCGUCUUGCGAUCUUUUACUCGCUAGAUCAAAAGAAAAAUCUUGUAGGUGCUAAAUGUAAUAUUUGUUUGAAUCCUUGUGGUCAUAUUUUGUUGUAAUUCUAUUUUUUAAAUUUUUACCCAUUGUCAUUAAUUUUAUUUUUCAAAUAAUUUAUUUUAUCAGAUGAGUCCAUUUUUGGAUAGUUGAUUAAUGUAUUUUGUAAUUACUAAUGGUAUGUUGAAUUUUAAUUUAACUUGUGUGAAUAUUGAACAGUUUGGAAUUAAUUCGAUGGAUCCUAAUUGAUUGUGACUUAAUCAAUGACACCUAGUUAAUUUAAUUGAUUUAGUUUGGAUUAUGUAAUUAACGACCACUUGUACCACUUGUAUUGUUUAAUUUUGUUAGAAAUUUCAAAGUAUUUAUUUUAGAUUUCGUAAAUAGUAUCAGUAUUGAUUUUUUUAUGCCUCUUGAUCUUCCGAAAAAGUCCCUCUCUGAACUAUGAGAACAGUCUUGAGAAGAGACUUGAUUUCGUCUUCCCUCAGGUAUCAUCUUACCUGGCACUGACAUUUCCUGCUGGAAAUUUUGCUGGACAAAAUUUUCGUUCGUAAGACAUAAGCAUGGAUGAAAUCCCUCCGUUCACUGACUCUAGACAAAUAAUUGCUUUUUUGUCCCCUUUCCCACCAUUGUACUUAAGCUUCUUUAUCUUAACUUUUAGUGUGAAUAAUGCAGUCGUCUUCCCAGAGAUUUCUACUGUGACAUGAACGGAUUCAUUUUCUGAGAAUUAAUUCUGAAUGUCCUUCCAAUCUUUUAAGAUUCUUCCUCUUUUUUUCUUAAGAACAUCCUACCCGUGUGGCAUUUAUGAUGGGUGAUUGAUUGUCAAAAAGGUUCACCAAAGAGCCUCAAAGCAGUUACUGGUUUUUUGAGAAACAGAAAUUAAAAUGAAAAAAUGAGUUUAAACUCAAAGCCAUACAACUGCCCGUCGCUGUAAUAAUAGUCAAAACUUUUUUAGUGCCAUAAUUUGGAAUCAAUCCUAAUGUAUUACACCUAGGUGUCCUGCCAUAUCUAUCAAAGAGGAGCAUGUAUUCAAUUUAGGUAUCCUUCCCCCUCCCCCCUCUCAAAUAUAAAAAAAUUAUAUUUAGUAGGAAUCAAUUUGUGUGCCCUUGAAUGUAUCGCUGCUUUCUCAUGGUUGUUGAGAAUGUAGAUUCUAUACCAAACUAACUGCACCAUCUCUGUACUUAUUUCAACAUACAAUCCUGAGUCACUGAAAAUGUAAGUCUUUAUUCACAAUAAUGACAAAAAGAGUUACAUUUGCUGAAAACAAACAAAAUUAAAUUACAUCCUCUGAACAACUUGCUCUCCCUAGUCUUAAUUUUAUGGGCAUUUAUUUUGUUAUGUGACGUAUCAAUGAAAAGAGGACAAUUUCUGAGUCUUACGCUUACCAAUAUAAAUUGACUGCAUCCCCACAGUUUGACAGCUUGCUCUAGCCUUUCCUUCUAUAUUAUUUGAAUCUGGUGCCUGACGUGCUCGAUAUAAUUUUCAGAAUAUAAAUUGUAAUUUUUAGUUUGCAUUUUAAUUUGUGCCUUCAAUGUUCACUCUUUAUUUUUUCUGCUCUCGGUGCUCGGAGCAGACUCAAAUGUGAAAGCCACAAUUGCCUACAAAUAUACAUUUUUUACUCUCUUAGUUUUUGUAGCUGUAUUCUUCAGUUGAAAGUAAUCCCCAAGUCAAUUAGUUAUGAAAUUAGCGAAUUCAAAUUUAGACUGCUUCUUUGAUGAUUAAUUAUGCGUUGCCAAAAGAUUCACCUUUUUCACCUUCAAAAUUUCAAUGAAUAUGUCCAUCUUUUUAUUGUACCAAUGAAAGAUAUUAGGGUCACUGUAGCCUAAGAAGAGUGUGAAGAAGAUGUGCGCUCACUUUAUUCAGUAUUUCUGUGGCUUGGUCUGAAAAGUAUUUGUUAUAUUAAUCAUGAAAUACAGGAGAGUUUCAAUAAACCAUGGUGAUUGAGACUGAAGUCAAGACAAAUAAGAAGAAAUUAUUGACGGUCUAGAACUACAGAUUAAAGUUUCGAAAAUGAAAAAAAUUGGAUCUCAAUGUCUCUCGGUAUCUGUUAAAUUAUAAAAGAGGAAGAAAAUACUCAAUCUAAAGAUCAAAGUUAAAUGUGAGAGGUAAAUUAAUUUAUUUUUGAAAAAAAUUUAUUUUUUAACUAUCUAUAGAAAUAUUUCAGAGAACAUGUAUGAGAAGAAAGGUCCCUUCUGGAAGCUGUAAAUGAUCCGAACAAAUACAUAAUGUAGACUGUAUUGAAGCCUGAAUCAUUCUUAUCAGAAGUAAGCCCUGCAUGUACUGAUUUUUGGUGCCAUGGUUUUUUCUUUUCCCAAAAAGGAAAAUAAUGUUUUUAUUUCCGUGGCUUUCAAGAAUGACAGAAUGAGUAAUUUUCAACCAUCUUUACAAUAUUUCAAACAACCUUGAGGCAAAUCAAGUGUGCCCAUCUUUUUGUCAUUCAUUGAUUGUGUGCCUGUUGUAAAAUGAGAAAUCAAAUUAACUGAAUAAUUAUACAAUACUUCAGGUUGAAUUACUUUUGAAGCCUUGUGUAGAAUUUUCUGUUAAUUUCUGUAAAAUUCACUUGUGUAAAAAAUAUUAAAUUACAUAACACCAAUAGAAUAA